GACCUAGCUAAACCUACCUACUACCACUCUGCCCCGCCCCGCCCCGCCCCGCGGAAUGAAUUAAUCGGGGCUGGUGGGUGCUCUGCUUUUGGUCAAGAAGAAGACCAACGAAACGGCUGAUUCGAUCCGGGAUCAGAUCUCUCCGAGACUCCGAUGGCGGCCAUGGCGGGGGAGGCGUACAUGAAGCAGCUCCGCGCGCACCCUCUCCGCACCAAGGCCAUCACCUCCGGGGUGCUCGCCGGCUGCAGCGACGCCGUCGCCCAGAAGAUCUCCGGCGUCAAGAAGCUCCAGCUCAGGAGGCUCCUCCUCAUCAUGCUCUACGGAUUUGCAUACGCCGGGCCGUUUGGACAUUUCUUCCACAAGCUCAUGGACAGGAUUUUCAAAGGGAAGAAAGGGAAAGAAACUACAGCCAAGAAGGUCAUAGUGGAGCAGCUAACUGUAUCACCCUGGAACAACAUGAUGUUCAUGAUGUAUUACGGUUUGGUGGUUGAAGGGAGACCUUUUACGCAAGUAAAAAGCAAGGUGAAGAAGGACUAUGCGACCAUCCAGCUGACAGCUUGGAAGUUCUGGCCAAUAGUUAGCUGGAUCAACUAUGAGUACAUGCCACUCCAGCUCCGAGUUCUUUUCGCCAGUUCCGUUGCAUCAUGCUGGGCAGUGUUUCUGAACCUGAAAGCAGCAAGAUCGUCAUCGAUUGUCAGCCGCUAGUAAGAAAAUUGCAUAAAGGAGGGGAGGAACUAGUGCAAGAUCAUCAUUUAUAUAGAUUAAGUAGCUACUGUUGCUUUGCGCUGCUUGCUCAUUUCUUGCCGCAUUCUUAAUUUGUGCUUGUGUGUUUGUAUUUGAAUUUGAAUGGAUAACAAUGGGCAGCUUCGAGGAUAUUGGGUCUGUUAGCGAUUCACGCCUUUGUGUACCUUGGCAGACUUCAAAUUCAAAUGUGUACCAGUAGUAAAUUAUGAACAUCUCCACGCUCCUGGCUGGCUUGUACGUUCUAGAAGCUUUGAGACAGUAUAUAAGAUAUAUUUAUACUAUCCCCUUAAAUUA